UAUGAAUUAUUAAAAUACGAAAAUCUGGCGAAACGAUAUUUCGUCAAGAGAAUCGUCUUGUCCGAACGAUCCACCGCCCCUUCACUCUCCAACUCUUCUACCGUAACCACCACCUACCUAACUCUUUGAACUCUCGAUCUUCCCCUAAACUGCUUUAACUGCGGCGCGGUUUUCAAAUUCGAAAGAAGCAAAAUUGGGAAACGCGGAUAAACAACUUGUGGCAACCCGUUCGUCGCGAUAGUUGCCACGUUCCGCGAAACAGGAAAGUCGAGUGCGCAAUCCGCUUGUUCGGUAGCGGCGAACGAGAAAGUUCUGGAAAGCCGCGACAGUGAACGCGUUAAAGAGAUAGAACUCGAGCAUCGAGCGAGUCGUGAAAAUCGCGAAGAAAGACGGAUGGAUGGAGGCAAAAGGCGAUUCGACGGUGUGCAACACCGUUCUCCAGAAGUUAGCAUCGGUGUGGCGCGAGCCACGGGGCUAGACCAAUGACCGACAAGUGGCACGAGGUAAUCAGCAUGCUUAAUGCGAUAAGGCAAUCCCUGCAGUCCUGUCCGGGGAUCGUGGCUUUACAUAUCAUCCCCGUCUUUCGAUCGGUUAGACGCCAGAGAACCUGCUGACCGGCCGUGAUGUACGCUCUUCUUGUGCGCCUUUGCUUAACAGCGACUCUGUUCUCCGCAGUCCUUGCUGUUUUGCCGCCUUACAUAAAGCCGUGCAAGAAGAGCGAUCCAGAUAUCAACAAAUGCAUCACCAGGUCCAUCGACCAGCUUCGUGAUAAAUUAUCAGUUGGGAUACCAGAACUCGGUGCGCCAGCCAUCGAACCCCUAAACCUCAAACAAAUUCGUCUGUCUCGAGGACCGGUCGGAGCGAGGCUCGACGUCAAUCUCACGGAUUUGCAGGUGUUUGGUCCAUCUUCGUUCAAUAUCCGAGACCUUAAAGCUGACGUAGAGAACGUGGUCUUCACCUUCAAAGUGAAUUUCGAUAAGUUGAACUUCCAAGGGAAGUACCAGAUCGACGCAAGGCUGCUUUUGUUGAAAUUGACAGGGCAGGGUGAUAUCACUGGAUCUUUCACCGAUUAUGAUUCGGACGUCGUUCUACGAGCACGCAAAGUGCACAGAGAUAACGACGACUACCUUAAUUUUGAGAAGAUGAAGAUGAAGAUCAAAAUCGGCAAGGCACAUUUAAAUCUCAGUAAUUUGUUUGGCGGCGAUACUGUUCUUGCCGCUACCACUCACGAGUUGUUAAACAACAACAACGCGCUAUUUCUGGACGAAAUCACACCGGUGCUGGAAACAUCGCUGGCAACACUUUUCACGGACGUGGCCAAUAAAGUCACAAAGACUUUCACGUACAAAGAACUAUUUCCGGACGAUUAAACUGUUUAAACCGUUGAGAUUCGGUUUCGAUAAUCUUGUAAAAAUUUGUACAGCUACUUUUGUUAUCUUUUAUUGUCAAUGUAUAUUCAUACGGGCAUACAUUUGCAUACGUCGUAUAUUUUAUAAACGAAUAGAAGAACACAUUUCGACAUUAUUAUCUGGUUAAAGAAUUAUCAACGAAUAACUGGAAAAUAAAAUAAGUAUAUCAAAUUUGGAAAAGCAUUUAGGCGUGCGUUUGAAAUUGGUGUAGAUCGUAUAUUAUUAAAUGUUACUGUAAAAUCAAGGUAAGAUAUAUUCAGCUUAAGAUUUAUUAUAAUACUUAUUGGGCUUAUUACAAAAGUUUGCAAUCAACGAACGACAAACAAGAAACCAGACGGAAAAUGGUCAACGUGAUACGUAGUUGUAACAAACGAUUUUACAAUGAAAUUAUGAAAUUGUGUAAUUACGUUCUAACGUGUUAAACGAUUUGUACAAAAGUAGACGAAUAAUUUUAAAUGUACAAAGGAAUGUGCAAUUGUAACGAAACAUUUUGCCCCAUGAACAAUAAAAUUUUAUCAAGAGAUCGUAAAA